AUGCCGAAGGUACUCAGCUACACGCCGAAUUGGCUUUCUAGGCCGAGCCCAGGAUACCAGCUGUUUGCGCCCAAACAAGCCAACGGCAAUGGAGUCGCCGCGAAGAAGAAGAAGGAUUUUGGACCACGGAAAACUAUUGCAACAAGAGGUUCCGAGGUUUUCGUCGCGGUUGGACACGAGAUACGAUGGGCAGAUUUGGUCAACUUGAAGGAAGGCGUCGAGCCGGCAUACCGCACCCUCAGGAUAUCGAUACCGCUACCAAUUACGCGUCUCACAAUGUCUCCCCAGGAGGACUACCUCGCGGUAUCUACGUCACACACAGUACACGUCGUACACCUCCCCGAUGCCUCACUCCUCGAAGACGACGAUGAUAGCCCAAUAAAGCCAAAGACAUUCCAGGUGGGACCAACCGCACACGUUACCGAGGAGUCGCCGGUCGCAACAACUCUUUGGCACCCAUUGGGAUAUCACGGGCGAUGUCUCGUCACAAUCACAAAGGCGGGAGUGGUGCGUCUCUGGGAAGUCAACCGAGCCGACCGGUCUACCUUCAGCGAGCCCGCGCUGUCAAUCGACCUACCGAAGCUCGCGAACGCGACCAAUGACCAGGAAGAUCUGAGUGCGUCCAAGUUCGGGGCAGCCAAGGGCUUCUCGCCCGACUCUGUUGACCUGGAAGUGGCAUCCGCAUGCUUUGGCGACUUUCCUGACCAGGAGGGAGUGCACGGCUGGGCGCCCAUGACGCUUUGGAUCGCGAUGGUUACUGGAGAUGUUUACGCACUUUGCCCGCUGCUCCCAAGCAAAUGGCAACUGGUCGAUUCGCCAGGCGCAUUCACGCUGCUACAGACAUUGACCUCCUCGAUCAACGUGAACUACGCCAACUGCUCAGAUGACGCGGAUGCAUCCCAGGACGAGCUCAAGACAUCUGAGAAACAGAUUUCUUGGCUCUCUGAUAUUCUAUAUGAGGAGCCUUUCAUGGAAGAGCUUCCGAACGGCGAUUCUAUAAAGGUCUUUGCGCGACCGUCAAGUCAAUCUGCUGUCCCAUUGCUACAAGGGCCUUUCAAUGUUGCGCCAGAGGUUGAGGACUACGAGCUCAGCGACAUGAUUGUCUACUCUUUGAAGACAUUAUCAGAUGGGAGCGAGGAGGAGGCUGCCGAGGGGUUACCGACUGCGGUUGUUUGCUUGCUUACAGAUACAUGCAAGGUCCAUGUCUGUCUGGACUUGCAAGGAAUCGUAGGACGUUGGUUGCCAUCGCCUGAAGACGAGGUUGAGGAUGCAGAGCCACCUGAGCACGACUUGAUCAUCGCUGAGACCAUCACUCUGGUCCCGGGUGAGCAGUCGUCAUUCAACCAGAGUAUAACACCGGAUGUGCACACCGACUUUUCCUUCUUUGUCUCGCAUGCCAGUGGUGUGUUCUACGUUUCUUUGGAGCCUUGGAUUCGGAAGCUAGAGAACGAGCUCUCGCAGCCGCAAGUUGAGGGCGCGGACUUCCGUAUUCAGCGUCUCUUAGAGUCAGCAAACAGUUCGGUUGAGAAGUACCUGCAGCGAAAGCCUGCUGGCUCUCCAGCGGAGCAGGAAGUCACCUCAGCCGUGGUCAUUGAAGAUGGCAACAUUGGCUACCUCCUCCUCACAACCAUCGAUAACGAGCCUCAAGCAGCUUUCCUUGAUGCACCAGAAUACGGUCUGCCCACGGAAGAAGAGAUUGCCGAGUACAUGCACAUCAGCGGUCCGCAGAAAGAGGUGCGCGAAGCAUGGCAACCGCCGAAGGAGCUGUACGAGCCUAUCGAUCUACUGGGCUCCAUCAACAUCCCUUCACGCCACCGAGCCGCCAUGAAAGAAGAGGUCAAGCUCUCGCCCGCCAACCUCGAGCUGCUAAUGGACGUCCACCGCGUGCUAUCCGUCAAGACCUCGAAGCUCCAAUACGCCGUCUCCGACCUCUUCAACCGCGCCACGCGCCUGCAAGAAGAAUUCCGCGACCAAGUCUGGCGCAGCGCCCAAGUCACCUCCAAAAUCGACGCUGUCACCGGCAACGACGAACUCGGCUCCGACGACGGCUCUCUCGCCGGCCGCGCAAAGAUCGACGACCGGUUGGAGCGCGUCCGCGCGCGCCAGGACAAAAUCAACGCCCGCUACGAAGGCCUGCGCAAUAAAAUGCACCGCCUCGGCUCCACAGAACUCAGCGAAAAGGAGGCGAAUUUCGUCGAAGAGUUGUCAGCCAUGGAUGGCGCGCUGGACAAAUCGGGCGCGACGCUGACCGGGGAUGUGGAUGGCGCGCAGGACCCGACAUGGCAGCGCGUCGAUAGGAUUAAAGACUUGCACAAGAAACUCGCCAAGGACGUCGAGCAGGCGACCAAGGACGUCGUGAAGGAUGCGCAGGGCAGGAGCGACGGUAUGAAGGUCCCGAGCCACUCGCGGAAGCAGGAGACAGAGCAGAUUUCAGAUUAUCUGGGCAGGUUGACGGUGUUGGUCGAGGCGGCGGCGCAGAGGCUGAGGACGGAGGGAAUUGCGAUUCCGGUAGAGGAGAGCUAG